UUGCAUGCAAAUACACGUCCUCUCUCUUUUAGAUUCACUUACAGGCACGCAUAGAGAAACACUCAUAUUCAGACACACACACAGUCUCUCUCUCUCUCUCUCUCUCUCUCUCUCUCUCUCUCUCUCUCUCUCUCUGUGUGUGUGUCUGUGUGAUAGAUGCUGUUAGUUCCUCGUCUGGACGCUGGAGGCUUGACAUCGGAUUAGCUCUGUAUUCAGUGUGCGCACAGACGCGCGCUCUCUCUCUCUCUCUCUCUCUCUCUCUCUCUCUCUCUCACACACACACACACACACACACACACACACACACACAAAACGGACACAGACAUGAGUGCAGGGGACGUGGUGUGUACCGGAUGGCUGGUUAAAUCUCCACCGGAGAAAAAGCUCAAGAGAUAUGCAUGGAGGAAGCGAUGGUUUGUCCUUCGGCGUGGACGGAUGAGUGGAGAUCCCGAUGUUCUCGAGUACUUCCGCAGUAAGACUUCUCGAAAGCCAAUUCGCUCCAUUGACCUGCAGGAAUGUGAGGUGGCAGCAGAGGCGGAGUCAGGCCGGGAGCUGGAGUGGGGGGCGUGGCCUGUCAAAAGGAACCUGGCCAAUCAGCACUUGUUUGUUGUGAAGACAUCAACACGGGUGUUUUACCUGCUGGCCAAAACGGCUGAGGAGAUGAACUGCUGGGUGAGGAACAUCGGGCAGAUCUGCACCUUCAGCACCUUCAACCACAGCACAGAAUCGAUGGACAGUCUCGCCCACACUCCCUCCUCCCAUCAGCCCUCUCCCGUGCUCUCGACUCACGGCACCUUCUCGGCCAAUCAGGACGCGGCAGCCACCAAGGAGGACUCGCCGGUCAGAGACGAGCCCGGCGAAUCAGAUACCAGCAUUCCGCUCGAUUAUCUCUUCCUUUCUCAGUGUGAAACUGGCAGGAGGAGCAUCACGAGGUGUGACAGCAUGUCGAACUCAGAGCGCUCGUUUGAACAGAGUUCGUUUGAGAACGUGACCGAUGACGUGUUCAGCCCUACUGCGUGUUUAGACUCCGCCCCCUCGCCUUUUGGUGUCCCGUAUGUGAUGCGCUCAUUAGCGUCCUGCCCCGUUCGUGGCCCUGGCGAUGUGUUUCGCUUCGACAGCCCCUUCUGUGCCACGCCCCCUCCUCUCCCGCCAAAACCCACAUACAUGUCCGAUCACCAUGGUCACGAGGAGGCUGUGCGUAACCAGGGGCAACUGGGGCUCCUCCCACGCAGGACAUCUCUGUCUGGUGGGGAGCAUUUUAGAAGAGGAGAGUUCGAGUUCAGUUCGAGAGGAAACUGGAACAAAAGACUGAGUCUGAAUCUGCCGAUGUUACUGGUUAACACUCCCUCUGAGAGCCAAUCAGAUGACUCCUCUUACGUUCCCAUGGCAUCUCCUCCCGUCAGUUCGACCAACACUGAAGCCGACGGUUACAUACCAAUGAGUCCGAACACGAUUCCUGUUUCUCUGUUGACCAACGGGAAACCAGAUUCACCUCUUCCUCCGGCCCCAGAAAUGGAGCCUCCUCCAAUCAACCGCAGCCUGAAGCCGAGGAGGCGGGUGAAACCGCCACCCCUCGAUUUGUCCACCAUUAGCGAAUGCCCCACCCACCUCCCUCUAAUCCGCACCAUGACGGAACCAAGUGCCUCACCUCUCUGUGUCCCAUGGGACAGGGGGCGGGGUUUAAACGGCACAGAACAGGAAGGGAGCAGCACGCCUACGUCGGUGUUUUCAGUGUGUGACUCCGCCCCCUUUUUCCGGCGCUCUCACCUGGAUUACCUGUCGCUAGAUUUUAACGCCGCCUCCCCCUCACCUGUCCAAAAGAAACCUCUGCUGGAUGAACAGCGUGUGGACUACGUUCAGGUGGACGAGAAGAAGACACAGGCGCUGCAGAACACCAGGACGGAGUGGAAGGACAGCCGACAGCCCAAAGUGUGACGGGUUUACAAUCGGGAUGACGUUCGGUGUACAAUCGCAAAAUCGGACCAGUGUGCAGUGUGAAGAUAAAGACGUGCACGUGAUCUGCUCACGGAGUUCACUCUGAGGCGCUGAGCACAAACACUGAAGGAAUAAACAACAAAAUCAGUCCCCAAUGAAAACAUCAGGCUUCAGAGCUCUAGACUUGUGCUGAUACAGAACUCCUGAUGUCUCCAGUCAUGUGAUGUUUCUUUCAGCUUUCAGGAUUCAGCUCCACUGUAGACCAACAGGACGAACACAAACCCCAGAAGAACCCCAGAAGAACGGUGUCCUGGCAUGUCCAUGUGUCUGUCUGUGUGUUAAUGCUGUGUGUGUUCAGUACUACUGAUUGUUGUUUUGUUUAAUCAGACAUGUUGACUGUGUUGACUGUGUUGACUGUGACGGAUGUGUGUAAACGACGUGUUCUUUCUCUUCUGUGACUGAGAUUUUACAAAACAGGGUAAAAACGAGAAAUCAUGUCCAAACUGUUCGACCAGCCGAGUCAAAGCCGUCCGAGUCCACUGACAAACACUUCUGAUGUUUCCUACUCGACAGACGGAGCACUGGAUAAACUGAACCGACUUUAUUCUUUUUAGAGAGAAAAACAACAGAUCUGAAAAACUGGUGCAAGGUCUGAGAACCAGACGUGGAAAGUGGACGCUGGGUUUUGUCCGUGUUUCACUGUGAUUCCGUGAUGACUGAAUAAACUCAUGGAUUAAUGUCACUGUGAUCAUCUCAUCAGCUUCCCUCACAAAGCUCUGUGAGAAAACUCUUCUCUGACUGAAGACAACACUGAAGCCUGCAUUACAAAAACUACUGAAAAAAAGAGAAGACAGACCUCUGAAAAAGAAAACAAAUAAAUGGACGUAACGUUCAAA